ACUAAUGUGUGAGACUUGGCAACCUCGACACAUCCUGACAGUUAAGAUGGGAUAAAGAACUGCCGGUGAUGUCUGGACUGUUGAACGGGAACAGAACAUUUGCUCGACAAAUGCCUGGGAAUUUCAAAUCUGGGCUUUUAUCUGACCUGAGAAAUUGUAUUUAUACAUCGUCUUGUAUUUCCAGUCCGUGGACAGUGGAACAUUACAUGAGAGCUAGCGUGCUAGCUAUCCCACCGUAUUAGCUUUAAAAGCAGGGCAGAGCUGAGGAGUCACACCCAAACACUGAGGGAGCACGACGGCGUUUAUUCACAACCUGAUCACUCAAGAGUGCAAAAAAAAGUUCCUUGUUUCUCUGAAGAAGCCAUGAAACACCAGGGUCAAGAUACUUUGAGGGGAGACAGAUAACAUUAGCUAGUGUUUUAGCUAACGAGCUAAGUGUCCUGUGUGUGUGUUUUGUGUGUGUGUUGUGUAAAGUGUAAAGGCCGGACAGGACACCGUUACUCCCAGUCCUGUGUGUGUGUGUUGUAGUAGGCUGUUAUGAGUAACCCUACACCCAUGUACACGUUUGUUUUAAGAGAUGACAACAGCAGCGUUUAUGCUGAAGUCUCAAAAAUCCUCAUCUCUACUGGAAAAUGGAAAAGACUGAAAAAAGACAAUCCGCGAUUUAACUUAAUGCUUGGAGAGAGGAACCGCCUUCCCUUUGGGCGCCUAGGCCAUGAACCAGGACUGAUGCAGUUGGUCAACUAUUAUAGAGGCGCAGACAAGCUGUGUCGUAAAGCAUCUCUGGUCAAGUUAAUAAAGACUAGUCAAGAGCUAAAAGACUCCUGUAACUGGUUGCCUGAGUCCUACAUCAUUUAUCCAACCAAUCUCAACACUCCUGUGGCUCCUGCAACCAAUGGCAUCAGCCAUUUGAAGAACAACCCAAAGACUGAUGAGCGUGAGGUAUUUCUUGCCUCCUAUAACACCAAAAAGGAAAAUGGGGAAGGAACAGUAUGGAUCGCUAAAUCGUCAGCUGGAGCAAAAGGGGCUGGAAUCUUGAUAUCUCAGGAUGCUAAUCAGUUGCUUGAGUUUAUUGAUAAUCAGGGACAAGUUCAUGUCAUUCAGAAAUAUCUGGAGCGACCACUGCUGUUGGAACCUGGUCAUCGCAAAUUUGAUAUAAGGAGCUGGGUGCUUGUAGACCAUCAGUACAACAUCUAUCUGUACCGUGAGGGAGUGCUGAGGACGUCUUCAGAGCCGUACAACAGCUCAGACCUGCAGGAUAUGACCAGCCAUCUGACCAAUCACUGCAUCCAGAAGGAGCACUCGCAGAACUAUGGCCGUUAUGAAGAGGGCAACGAGAUGUUUUUUGACGAGUUCAGACACUACCUUCUGAACGUUCACAAUAUCUCCAUGGAGACAUCCAUCUUACCUCAGAUCAAUCACAUAAUAAGGAGCUGCCUCAUGUGUAUUGAACCAGCAAUCAGCACUAAGCACCUGUCCUACCAAAGCUUCCAGCUUUUUGGUUUUGACUUCAUGCUGGAUGAGAACUUUAAAGUGUGGCUUAUUGAGAUCAAUGGAGCACCGGCAUGCGCACAGAAGCUCUACCCGGAGCUCUGCCAAGGCAUUGUGGACGUAGCCAUUUCCACCGUUUUCUCACUAAAUGCAGACGCCUUGUCCGCCUCCCCACCAUUCUCCACUUCUCCUUCUCUCUCCUCCACCUCCUGCUCUUCACCCAAACUCAGAGCACCACAGCACUUUGGCCCGUUCAUCAAACUGUAAGCAUGUUACUGCAUUAGUGACGAACCAUGCCCUGAUAAAAUUCUCCACGCACCUCCUUGAAAAAUGUAAGAUAUAAAGCAGGGAAGUUUAAGAGACUGUAGCAGUUCAUGAGAGUGAAUGCAUAAAGAAGUCUGUGCUUUAGACACAUGCUCAGUACGUGUUUCUCCUAACAUCUCUGGUAUGAGUUCAAGAGGUGGGCUGUUUGUUUAGUCUGAUUGGAUGAUUAUACCUGGGUUUCAGUUCUUUACACAAGCUAAUCAAAAAAAAAAAAUACUACAUAAAACACAUUUUUGGUUUCCUCUGGGUACCUUGAUAUAAAGUAGGAUGUUUUUUGGGAUUUAUUUCCAGUGACUUUAGUGCCUUAUGUUCCCAUUGACUUGUUACCCAUAAAAUCCCACAGAAGAGUGUUUGAAACGCCAUGUAAUGUAUACAUACUGAAAAUUCAGUCCUAAAUCAGUUAAGGUUUAUACUGUGGGCUUUAAAAAGAGCUUUAGUCGCUGUUGUUCAGUAUUCUUAAGUGACUGUAUUUCCCAUUAGAAAUGAAAAGCUUCUUAUUGCUCAUCUAGUAUGGGUUUUGGCACUGUAUAUGAAACAUGACAUGUCAGCAAAGUGUUAAUGUUUUGUUUGUUUGGUCUUCUUAUACGUUAGACUGCAUUAAUAGCUCAAAUACAAUGAUUUUUUUUUUUAUUUUAGUACAAUGGACAAUUAGUCCAGUACAGCAGGUCACUAAUUACCACUGUUUUUGUAUUUUAAAAUGUUUCUCAAUCAAUUUCUUACUUUGCCAUAGUAAUUAAAUUCCACACAUUCAUAUCACUUUUUAGUUCAAGGCUGAAAAAAAUAUUUUUUUGCAAAUAUGUUGCAUGAUCUAUAAAACGCAUGCAAAAACGCGAUGUUUUAUAUAAAUUACAUAUCUAGGAACAUUUCCUUGGGCUCACCAUUUCAAGACCUUUUCAGAAUUAAAUAUUAAUGUUUGGGUUAAAUGUUCCUUCACUGCGUUAUGUGAUCGUCUUCCCUUUGGUUUCAUUUUUCUUUUGGCAUGUUUUACUUUUUUACACAGUUAAUUGUACUGGCUUAUUUACUAGUGUUUUGCACUUUCACAGCCAUUAUGUGUGUAUGUUGAACGCAUCUUGGGUCUUUGUUUGCAAUGAAUAAUUCCUGAUUCUGCUGUGUUCUGUGUUAAGGAUCAGACACGAGCCUCACCGAACCUUAAAACAUGGUUUAGCUGAAGCAGCAUGUCAAAUGAGUCAUUUAUUUCAUGAGAUGUGCUUGAAGGAAUGCGUGUGUUGUGACUCUGGGCAUGCUGCAGUACUGGUAGAUCCAAAAGGUAAAAGGUUUUAUGAAGGAGAAAAUAUUGUUUUGUGUAGCGUGUGUUCUAAACUUCAUGAAGAAUAAAAGAAGCUGCAUAUAGUAUGUAAACAUUUAAUUGCUAUAGUAAUCAUACCUGUGAUGGGUUGCUAUAUUUUUUGUUGAAAAUGUGUAAAUACUUUAACAGUAUUUUCAGUCAUUAGUUCUUUUUUAGUUCCGAUUAAGCUGAAAGAGAAAGGGUGCCUUAUUAAAUUUUGAAAUGUCCUGAAAACACAAUACACAGAGGUUGUUGACAUUUUUUUUUUGUUAUGGUCACUUUCCUGUCUUGUUAUUUAUUAUUGUACACUUUUUGGACUAGACACUUUGCAGUAGUUCUUCGACUUGAUUGUUAAUACCUGAAAAUAUAAAUCAAGAAAUCAACUUGCUGCCCUUCCCAAGCUGAGCUAAGAUCUUUCACCGUUUCAUCGUAACCAAAAAGAAUUGAAAAGUUUUCUGUAUUUUCCUUUUUGUAAAGAUCGCCAGUAUGUGUGGAAUGUUUGUAAUUUCAACCUGAAAUGGGGAGCUAUAUAUUUGCAUUACAUUAUUUUGUAAGUCAUAUAACGGUGGUCUUCUGUGUUCAUCCAUCUGCUUGUAUCUUGUUCCCCUUAGUAAUGAAAAGGUCAUGUUCUGACCUCAUGCCUCUGAGAUCAACAUUAAAGCUGUAAACUCUUGAUUUGUACUCAGCAUGUAAACCUUCCUGUCACCAGAAAAGGUCAUCUGCUCUUCUCAGUUCACUCCUGAAUGUUUCCUACCGUUAGCAUUGAAGGAAACAUGUAUGUAUUUGAGUAAAUAACACCACCAUACUGUGUUUAUGAUUUUUGUGUCGGUUUUCUAUUUUUAUAACGUGCUGUGCAUGGUACAUGUGAUGUCUUUGUUGGUCAUGGCAAAUAAAACAAGUUGAGUUUUUUUUCA